AUGUCCGAAAACUACGUCGCCCCCGGCCAACAGCGCUACCUUCGCGCCUGCAUGGUCUGCAGCAUAGUCAUGACCCAUCAGCGUUUCCGAGACGAAGGCUGCCCCAACUGCGAAGAGUUCCUCCACCUCCAAGGCUCCAGCGAGCAAAUCGAGUCCUGCACCUCGUCCGUCUUCGAGGGCCUCAUCGCCAUCGCCGACCCGACCAAGUCCUGGAUAGCCAAAUACAACCGCCUCGACGGCUACGUCCGCGGCACCUACGCCAACAAGGUCCUCGGCCAGCUGCCAGACGAGAUCCGCACCAUGCUGGAGGAGGAGUAUAGGAUUCAGUAUAUCCCGCGCGAUGGUAGCGCUACGGAGGCGGACUGA